AUGUCAGGGACUAAAACUAACUUCCCUACUGAUCCAUGGAUCCCCUCUAUCCCAUCAUUCUCACUGAGGGACUACAUUCUUCCACCGUCACGGGUCUCUGAUUGGAUCAAUCAAGAUACUCGUUCCUGGGAUGUUGAGGCCAUUCGAGGAGUCCUUGAUGAGAGUACUACCGAAGCUAUUAUGCAGAUUCCAGUGGGACCUGCUGAAGCUCAUGAUGGCUGGGUUUGGAAACACAACAAGAAUGGCAACUAUUCUACUAAGUCGGCUUAUCAUGCCUUUAGGGAGCGACGUGAUCAUCCGGUUGCUGAUUCGGAGAUUUUUUACUAG